CUGACUGAAGUCCACAAGAAGAUGAUGAUGGAGGAAGAGGAGGACAGAGCAGAGUCUGCAGGGUUCAGCUGUCCGUCUGUGAGGAGUGACCGGUCCAAAGGUCAACCUCCAAACUUCAGUGGUGAACCUGGACCAACGAGAGGUCAGAGGUCACAGUCUGCAGGAUCCAGCUGUCCGUCUGUGAGGAGUGACAUGUCCAAAGGUGAAGUUCCGCACUUCAGUGGUGAACCUGGACCAACGAGAAAGAGGAAGAGGAGUGGUGCUUGUGAGGAGGAGCAGCUGUCCUGCUGUGCUUUGUGUCAGGACGUCCUGAAGGAUCCAGUCUCUACCAGCUGUGGACACUGGUUCUGCAGACAGUGCAUCUCCUCAUACUGGGACCAGUCUGCUUCAUCAGGAGACUCCUCCUGUCCCCAGUGUGGAGAAAGAUCCAGAAGCAGAGCUGGACUGCAGACAGCCAGUCAGAGCAGCUGUGUACAAACAGAUGUUGGUCUGCAGGAGGUUUUAGAUGAACAUAAGAUCAGUCUGAGGAGGAGAUGUGAACGUGUGACUGAAGGAAGUGAUGAAACAGGAAGUAGAACCCUCCUCAACAGGAUCUACACUGAGCUCUACAUCACAGAGGGACAGAGUGAAGAGGUUCAUACCCAACAUGAGGUGAGGCAGCUGGAGACAGCUUCCAAGAUGGACGCCCUCCAUGACACUCCAAUCAGGUGCCAGGACAUCUUUAAAGCCUUCCCUGACCAACAGAGACCCAUCAGAGUGGUUCUGACCAACGGCGUGGCUGGUGUUGGAAAAACCUUCUCAGUGCAGAAGUUCACUCUGGACUGGGCAGAGGGCUUGGAGAACCAACAUGUCAGUGUGGUGGUUCUGCUUUCAUUCAGGGAGCUGAACCUGAUCAGAGAUGAGCAGUACAGUCUUCUGGAGCUGCUCCAUGUUUUUCAUCCAACAUUACAGAAGGUCACAGCAGAGAAGCUGGCUGUCUCUCAGCUUUUGUUCAUCUUUGACGGCCUGGAUGAAAGCAGACUUUCAUUGGAUUUCACCAACAGGAAGCUGCUGUCUGAUGUCACACAGAAGUCAUCAGUCAGCCAGCUGCUGACAAACCUCAUCCAGGGGAAUCUGCUUCCCUCGGCUCUCGUCUGGAUAACUUCCCGACCUGCAGCAGCCAAUCAGAUCCCUCCUACAUGUGUUGACAGGCUAACAGAAGCACGAGGCUUCACUGACGCCCAGAAGGAGGAGUACUUCAGGAGGAGAUUCAGUGAUGAAGAGCUGUCCAGCAGAAUCAUCUCCCACAUGAAGACAUCCAGGAGCCUCCACAUCAUGUGUAGUAUCCCAGUCUUCUGCUGGAUCACUGCUACAGUUCUGGAGCACAUGUUGACUACAGAGCAGAGAGGAGAGCUGCCCAAGACCCUGACUGACAUGUACUCACACUUCCUGCUGGUUCAGACAAAGAGGAAGAAGAACAAGUACCAUGAGGGACAUGAGACGAGCCCACAGGAGCUGACGGAGGCUGACAGGGAAGUUCUUCUGAAGCUGGGGAGGCUGGCGUUUGAACAUCUGGAGAAAGGAAACAUCAUGUUCUACCAAGAAGACCUGGAGCAGUGUGGUCUGGAUGUGACAGAGGCCUCGGUGUACUCAGGAGUUUGUACAGAGAUCUUCAAAAGAGAGUGUGUGAUCUUCCAGAAACCAGUCUACUGCUUUGUUCAUCUGAGCAUUCAGGAGUUUCUGGCUGCAGUCUACAUGUUCCACUGUCUCAACAACAGGAAGACUGAGGUGCUGAAGAACUUCCUUAAACCAAAAUCUUUGUCCCAGAUGAUUUCCAGUCUUUUUGAUAACAGAUAUCUCCAGUCACUCGAUGUAUUUCUAAAGAGAGUCAUGGAGAAAUCCCUCCAGAGUAAAAAUGGCCACCUGGACCUGUUUGUUCGCUUCCUUCAUGGCCUGUGUCUGGAGUCCAACCAGAGACUCUUAGUAGGUCUGCUGGGUCAGACAGAGAUCAGACCAGAAACCAUCCAGAGAGUCAUCAACAACCUGAAGAAGAUGAAUAGUUAUACAUUCUCUCCUGACAGAAGCAUCAACAUCUUCCACUGUCUGAUGGAGAUGAACAACCUUUCAGUACAUCAGGAGAUCCAAGAGUUCCUGACGUCAGAGAACAGAUCAGAGAAGGAACUCUCUGAGAUCCAGUGCUCAGCUCUGGCCUUCAUGCUGCAGAUGUCAGAGGAGGUUCUGGAUGAGUUGGACCUGCAGAAGUACAACACAUCAGAGCGAGGACGACUGAGACUGAUUCCAGCUGUGAGGAACUGCAGAAAGGCUCGACUGGCUGGCUGUGGACUCUCAGAGUCUCACUGUGAAGUUGUGGCCUCAGCUCUGAAGUCCAACCCCUCCCAUCUGACAGAGCUGCACAUGAGGAACAAUUACCUGCAGGAUUCAUCAGUGAAGCUUCUGUGUGCUGGACUGGAGAGUCCAAACUGUCGACUGGAGACUCUGAGAUUGUGUGGAUGCAGUUUGUCAGAAACCAUCUGUGGUGAUUUGUUUGCGGCUCUGAAGACCAACCCCUCCCACCUGACACAUCUGGACCUGGGUGAAAACAACCUGGGGGGUUUGCAUAUGAAGCAGCUCAGUCUUUUCCUACAGAGUCCAGACUGUAGAUUGAACGUACUGAGACUGGCAAAUUGCAGUCUGUCAGAGAUCAGCGCUUUUGUCUCAGCACUGAGCUCCAACCCCUCCCAUCUGAGAGAGCUGCACCUGAGUGGAAACAACCUGCAGGAUUCAGGAGUGAAGCCACUGUGGGGUUUUCUGAAGAGUCCAGAAUGUCGACUUCAAAUUCUGGGAUUUUGGGGCUGUGGUUUUUCAGAGAUCAGCUGUGAUUAUCUAGCAGCAGCACUGAAGUCCAACCCCUCCCAUCUGAGAGAGCUGCACUUGGACUGUAAUGACCUGAAAGAUUCAGGAGUGAAGCAUCUGUGUGGUUUUCUGGAGAGUCCACGAUGCCAACUAGAUCUCCUGUCAUUGGGGAGCUGUGGUUUGUCAAAGAUCAGCUGUGAUUAUCUGGCAGCAGCACUGAAGUCCAACCCCUCCCAUCUGAGAUUGCUGAACCUGUGGGGAAACAACCUGCUUGAUCCAGAUGUGAAGCAGCUGUCUGAUCUUCAGCAGAGUCCAGACUACAGACUGGAGACUCUGCUGGUGAAGGGUAAGCCUGGGUAAACACGACGGUGUGUGUGCUGAGAGAGGAGCAGCUGUGUCCUGAUGAUCCAGAGAGGUUGAAGCAGCAGCAGCUUGUGUGUAGAGAUGCUCUGACUGGGCCAUGUUACUGGGAGGUGGAGAGGAGAGCUUCAUCCAGCAGUGACUGACAGUGUCCAUCUGGAUCUGACAGAGGAUCAUCAGUGGAUCUGCUCUGCUGCUGCUGCUCUGUCCUUCUACAGUCUCUGUCUGACAUUGAAAAUAUGUUACUUCGGUUUUUCAUGUAUUUCGUGACAAAGUGGUUAGACAUGAACUCAUUUACCACUUGUCCCUUAACCAUAUUGAUGGUUUAUUUCCUUGUUAUUUUACAGUCAGCCAUAAUGCUGUAAUUUAGACAUUGCUGGUGUAACUUCUCUUAACACACACUAUCCCGCGUUUUGUUUGUGGUAGCAGUAGUUAUAUCCUUUACAUCCAUGCAUGUUUUUUAAAGCCAACAUUACUAACCAGAAGGUCAUCUGAAUUAUGUUUCUUUAUGUUGUGUGUGAAUGUGUGUGUGAAUGUGUGGAUGACUGAGUAGAGUGUAAAGCGCUUUGGGGUCCUUAGGACCAAGUAAAGCGCUUUACAAAUACAUUAUAAUACAAAUACAAGCCAUUUACCAUUUGUUUUGGUUACACUUACUAGUGAUGGCCCGCUUGAAGCUGACGCUCCGGAGCGUGUGUCGAAAAAAACAACACACUGGUUCAGAAGCACUGUGUCGAGGCUUGCUUCGUUUGGCAAAAGUCACGUGACCAGUGACGUCCGAAGCUUCAUUACGCACGUAACUGCUUCGGUACCUGAUUCAAAUGGAAGGAAGUGAAUCAUUUGCGGGAUUUGUGGAGUGUUUUGAUGGUGACAGAUAGCGAACCACUGAUCAUUCUACUGAGAGAUUUGGUUCUGUUAUGUGGGAGUAUUUUGAGUUGAUUUUGGUCGGUGAGUUUUCCAGCUUUGUGUUCUGGGUGUUUGCUUUUGUUUUGUGCGUGUUUAUUUUAUCUGAAAACGGGAAAAACUUAAAAUGUAAAAAAUCUGCUUUUCAUAAUAUAA